AUGGAAUUUUCCGAUUGGUUGAGUCUUCCUUCUACUCUUCCGACUCCUGGCAAGCCGGUCGAGUGCAAAUUGACCAUUGAUCAUGGUGGUCCACUUUUGCUGGACUCCGGUGCGCCUAAAUUGUUUGAGCUAACCAAAGCGAAACGACUCAAACUCUCAGAGCCUCUUUCUUGUAACUCUGCCUCCCUUAAGCCCAUAAAGAGUCCGGACCUAGUCGACGAGGAUCCAGAUCACCUGGCUGUAAGUCUGAGCUCAUUUUCAGGCCAUCAUUGUAGCCAAGACCUCGAUCCGCAUUGCUGCACAUCGAAUACUCGGGAUCCUUUGAUUCGGGUGAUGCUCGACGCAGCUGUCCAAUGCGCUUUGCUUGCCGGUAUGAUUGGCUUUAUUGGUCCUUUCGACCAAGAAAAGUAUAUUAACAAUAACCAAAUUGCUAAAAGAAAUUAUGCAGUGAUCAGCAAAGACCGGCCUCAGAGUCGAUUUGCUCCGCCGGCGACCCCGGAGAUGGAGAAUUGCAGUCGGGAACCAAAUCAAGCCAGAUUCUUUUUGGAAGACUGGAAAAUUCCUCCUUUGAUUUGGGAACUCGAGAUGCCGACGUUGGCAUUGCUAGCUCGAGCUGAGAUGAGAGGCUUCGUGUUGGGUAAAGAGAUUCGAAGGUUGGUUCCACCAGAAGACGACGGCGGAUUCCUCUCGAUCAGCUGUCUAUUAGCUUUACUGGAAGAUUCAUGCUGGCGCUGUUUCCGGGGUAAUCUCCUUCGAUUCCGGUGA